UCCACAGUUACAAUCAUCCAUACAGAUCUUGACAGUCAAUACUGUAACAUUUAAUACUUUAGUUUUAGCAGCAAAAAUAUCCUCUUUAUUUUUUUGGUGAUAAGGAUAGUUAACUUGAAGCAAUGAAGGAAAUUUUUACUGGUCCUUUUCAGAUACCUUUCAAAAUAGAUAAUGGGUCACUAAUUGUAGGUGAUGAGUCUGUUGCUGUCGUGUCCAUUGUUGGACAAAGUGAACUGGAAGAUGGUUGUGACAAGGCUGCUGUUCUUAGGCUGAUGCUUGGCUAUAGCAUUUCUAAACCUCUGCAUCUGCAACCUCUGCAGUUGGAUGAUUCUUUGGUUCUCCUAAAUGGCUGGUAUGAUAAAUCAUUGCGUGUUGUAUUUCUUCAUCUGGUGGGCUGCCAAGACCAGGCCUUCCUAAACUCAGAGGCAGUCAAUGAUUUGUAUGAGAAGAAGGACUCGGUAGCAGCAACUAGUCUCCUAGAUCAGCAAUAUAAGCGUGCACUGCUCUUUGUGUUCUCCAUGUCACAUUUUGUAUUGUGGCGCUUUACAACGCAUGUUCUGGACACAACUUGCAUUACCACUUUAAGAUCUCUGCAUGAGAUUAGAACUGAGGUGCUGCAGGCCGUGUCUUCAGCCCUGCAAGAAGUGGGCGAUGUUCCACUCAGUUGGGUGAACUGUGGCCGCCUCUGCUGCCCGCGCCUGCUUUUCCUAUUUUCUGAUGCUUUCCUGGAUGCUGAAGAACUGGCACAUCAACUUGGCCCUGAAGGGGAACCUGUGAGUGUAGACAACGCCCUGCGCACCGUGGAACGAAGCCUUGAGGACCAAAUUUACAGACUUAUGAGACGAACUUGGAUAAUCACAAACAACACGGCAAACGCUUUAGUGUCAUUGCCUCCACGCAAACAAUAUGUGUACCUCGUCUCCCGGCAGCAGCAGUCUAUACCAACUCAAGAUCAAGCCCUCUCUGCCCUGGAGCAGCUCUGCUCUGGAUCUUUUCAAGAAUCAGCAGCAGCAGUUGACCUGAUGCGGUGCAGCUUGCACGCCCUGGACAACGCACAGCUGCUGGACGACAGCGGCGUGGCGCAGAGGAGCGGCGGCGGCGCUGCGGUCACCAGGAAGAAGCAGCGCGCCCUGCCUGACGUGCUCGCGCUCAACCUCCUUAACGCUCACAUCUCUGACCGCGAGACUAAUAACGAGCGUCGUUUUUCAAGUUUCCUGCAACAACACAUCAGCUCAGCUUUAUCAGGAGGAUUCGAUGACAACGUCGGACGAAGCAACACUGUCCCAGUAUUUGUUUUACCUAAACUAGCAACGUGGCUCUCGGCUGCCAAUCGUCUCUACCAGCUGUUCAUCACUCCGGAAAAAGAUGAAACGUUGUCAGCAGACGUGCUAGAAAGGCUCACCCUGGAGAGCAGCGAGCUGAAAUUCGUACGCAACACAUGUCGUAAAGCCUACGAAUCUGCCCUGGGCUUCUACACGUUCAACGUCCCCCAGCACUACCCCGUCCACACGCAUCAGGACAAGUUGCUGGAGAGCAUCGCGUGCUACCGGCGGCUGAGCUGCGCCUGCGCGUUCACGAAGGAGUUCGAGGAGCGUCUCGUGCGGGAGUGCGAGCAGCACUGGCAGGAUGGCCGGCUGGGUUGUGAACAGCUCAGCCUCACUGGACACAUCUGCCAGUGCCCACGCCAAGACCACCCUACUCUUCUUCACGAGCCUUCAGGUAAGGAGUUGCCGGACCACAAGUUCGGUGCGCAGUUCGUGAAGCACUGCAACUGCGGCCACUCGAAGGGACGCAUGCAAGACUCGGUGGUACUGCGCGCCCUCAACCACGACUUCUAUGCUCAGCUGGAGGAAGUUUGCUGUGGUCAACUUGAGCGAUAUUGUUUCCCUAGUCGGGAGAACUGUGAGCCUCAUGUCAUGGAUGGGCCGUUUCUACGUCCCGAUCCUCCGGAUAAAGGCGAUAAAUCCUCCAUGCCUCGACGAACGCAGUCGGUGUGGGAGCGGAUGUCGGUGCCCGAGCUGCCCGGAUCAGAGGACGGCUCUGAGUCUUCUGCUGACGUUAGCGAAGUGAGCAAGAUCAGAGACGAAGAUAGCUCUGCUGACGAAGCAGAGCAUUCAUUAUCUGAUGACCAUGAAAUUAAUGAAGACCAAGACAAAGAGAAGCAGCCUCUCCAGGACGAUGAGACCGAUGACCAUGGUUCACACGAGCAGUUACCGGACGAUGGUUACGAACCUCAUCAUCGGUCUGCGGAAACUGCCUCGAAUUUAGCUGCUGCUAUGGCUGAACUCCAACUUGACGAUACUAAUGACGGAAGAGCCAAACAGGAACAAUCAAUUACUCGGGUGCAUUCUCAUCAGAUCUUCACUGCUGACGAAGAUGCGGUCCAGAAAUCAUCGUCUAAUCAUUUCCUACUGGAUCCUAUGGUUUCGUCCGACUCGCCUCCUGACUUUGUGCCGCUGUAUUCGUCCUGGUCGUUGGUGUGUGUCGGUGCCUCGUCGCUCUAUUCUCAUACUAUAGGUAUCAUCGACCAGCCGGGUUUUGUAAGCAGUAGCAAUUUUUUGUUGCCGUGGGACUACACGGUAAAAGUACACAACAGGAGCGACUGGCGAGCUAUAGAACAACGGCUCGGCAGAAAAUCGAAAGAAAAAAUAAACAUCAAAGGCAACGAGUUCUCAGUAAAAAUCUUCAUUGGCACCGAGUACGAGUGCAGUGCCGGCCACAGGUUCCUAAUGUCGGGCCCCAAGACUCCUCUCUACUCGAAGCAGGGACACCCAACCAUCUCCGGACGCACCAUUGCUUUGUCCGCUAUUUGUCCGCUUUAUCAUCCUUGUAUUUGUCGGGAGACCAAGACGCUAGGACUGCACUUGGCUCAGCUAACGCGGCUGCACGUGGUCACCCCCAAAGCGCCUGUCCAUGUGAUACUAAACCCUCGUAUCCAGCCCGGCUCCGCCCCUUGCCCUACGUAUUUUCCGAUUGCUGGUGGUGAUUCAGGAAUAGAGCUUCGUCCUGGCCACUAUUGGGUGAUGCGGUUGCCUAGUGUUUACGCUACCGACGCCGGGCCCUUCUAUCCUCCCGAUCCCAGCCAACAAGUGGGCGUCGAGAACGGGUGUCUCCUGCCUGGCUGUUUCUCUGUGUCUGAAGUCACGUUCAAGAUCUUGUAGGGGGGAGGCUUCGCUUCAACGACGCGUAUAGGACAUGUUUUUCACAUAAAAAAUUAAUUGUAAAGUCUCGCACAGUAUCCGGCUUCAGUUUACGAUGUUUUUCUUAUAAACGUUCAAGAUCUCGAUAGGAGAGGCAUUAAUGAUAUUUGGAGUUAGCUUCGAUUCAAAGAAGUGCAUACGGGAAGUUUUUCGUCAUUGGCCUUUUGCAUUAGGUAAUUUUCUUUCUCCUGGGUUACAGGAAUAUUAGGAUUCGACUUAUUUGUUGGGGACUAUACUAUCAAAAGCGAUAUAGACAUUUUUCGCUUCUAGAGAUGGUAAAUUCAAAUACCGAGGCCCCGCAAUUUCUGAGGAUUAAGGUCGCUUCUUUAAAAAUGUUCGUUUUUGCGAGUAAAUGUUGAAUAAUUCGGGAACUUUUUGUCAACACUGUACAUAGGGAGUCUUAUUUUCAAAAUCGUGAAAGCUGAAUUUUCCUUCUCGCUGAGGCUACACGUUUUUUGGGCAUAAUUCCCUUAUACCAUAAGCUACUUACGAUAACUCUUCCGAGUGAAUGUAAAUGGAUCCCCGGACCAGCUUCGUCUGGGUUUUAUUUGUUGUGUACCUGAUUGGUUUGUUGAAAGCAAUACAAGUCAUUAUACGUAUUGAAAGAGUUACGUA